UAUUCAGAGAGAGUUAGUAGCUAAAAUAUCGAUGUAGUGAAGAUGAGCUGUGAAGGUAAGGACCACGAAGAAGAAGAUGAAGCAAUACUUCCUGGAUUUAGAUUUCAUCCAACGGACGAAGAGCUUUUAGGGUAUUAUCUUCGAAGAAAAGUAGAGAACAAACCCAUCAAACUUGAGCUUAUCAAACAGAUUGAUAUCUACAAGUUCGAUCCUUGGGAUCUUCCUAGAGUGAGCAGCGUUGGGGAAAAGGAGUGGUACUUCUUCUGCAUGAGAGGCAGGAAAUACAAGAAUAGCGUUAGACCAAACCGCGUCACCGGUUCAGGUUUCUGGAAAGCCACCGGUAUUGAUAAACCGGUUUACUCCAAUUUUAACUGCAUCGGUCUAAAGAAAUCUUUGGUUUACUAUCUUGGCUCCGCCGGUAAGGGCUCCAAAACCGAUUGGAUGAUGCAUGAAUUCCGCCUCCCCUCCACCACAAAAACCGACUCAACAGCUCAACAAGCAGAGGUCUGGACACUAUGCAGAAUCUUCAAACGAGUCACACAUCAUAGAAACCCAACCAUCAUACAACAAAACCGUAAACCGGUUAUCACCUUAACCGAUUCAUGUUCUAAGACGAGCAGCUUAGACUCCGAUCACACCAGUCACAGGGUCGUAGACUCCUUGCCCCACAAGCUACACGAGCCACAGACGCAGAAUCCUUAUUGGAACCAACUUACUACGCUUGGUUUCAAUCAACCAACGUUUACUUGUCAUGAUAACAACUUCCUGAGUUUCUUGAACAUCAACGGUGAAGAUUUUAUUGGAGACUCAGCAAGUUGGGAUGAACUUAGGUCUGUUAUAGAUGGAAACAUUAAACACUAAUAAUAAUUUUCUAUCUUUUUUUUUGGACUUUUGUAUAAAGGAUAAAGCAAACUCAUUGCUUUUGUUUUGUAAGCUAAUAAUAUACGUAUGAUGCCUUAAAUUAGAACUAUACAUUUAGGAUCAUAUAAGUUUUCAUUAAUUGGAGUGGAACACAAGGCGAGGGAUAUGCGUGAGUCAAUGGCCACCACUUGUUUGGCAAUUUCUUUUAUUUAUAUCAGACUUGUUUUCAAGUCAUGUUCUUCAAAGUUAUAGCUAGU